AAACCUCAUUAUUCUCAUAGGUGCAUUCGAUUGAGCAAUCAGUGUAUCUUGAACUUUCAGUUAUGUAUGUCAGUCGAACUUUUUUUGUGUUGAUUUUAUUGGCAUCCGUAUUUAUCUCACCAUUUGUUUAUUUAUAUCACAAAUUGGUGAAUUAUCAACCUGGAAUCCCAGUUCUAGAGGAAACUUGGUGGACCGAUGAAAAUCCUGAGAAAGAGGAUAAGAAUAUUUAUCCUUUCAAAAUAAAUAUCACACAAGAGAUCCUGAACGACCUAAAAAGCAGACUUGAUAACACUCGACCAUUCACCAAACCACUGCAAGACAACCAUGUCAACGGUUUCAACUCUGACUUAGCCCAAGAAAUCCUAGACUACUGGAGGACCAAAUACGACUGGAAAAAGAGAGAAGACAACCUUAACAAAUACCCACACUUCAUUACAAGCAUCCAAGGCUUGAAAAUCCACUUCAUCCACCUCAAACCUCAAAAUAUCUCCGAUCGUUUGAAGAUCCUCCCUCUUCUAUUAUGCCAUGGUUGGCCGAGCUCCUUCAUAGAAUUUCUAAAUGUCAUCACAAUGCUGACAAAACCUCAAGAAAACCGCAAUUUCGUCUUUGAGGUAGUCGUGCCUUCUCUUCCAGGUUUUGGGUUCUCCCAAGCCCCUCAAAAACCAGGGUUGGGUGCUACAGAAACCGCACUGAUCCUCAAAAACCUCAUGAACCGUCUUGGUCAUCGCAGAUUCUACGUGCAUGGUGGCGAUUUGGGCAUGAUGGUUUUGAAGGUUAUGUCUAUGAGUCUCGAAGAUUCCGUCCUUGGUUUCCACAACCAUAUGUGUGUCAGUCUCCACCCCUAUUCGCUGUUCAAGUUGGUGAUGGGUUCUUUCAAUCCAGAUUGGAUUAGGAGGAAGACUCAUCGAGAGUUGUUUUACCCCAUUUCUCGUUUAAUACAAUCGAUUUUGAUGGAGUCUGGAUAUCUGCACACUCAGUCGACCAAACCUGAUACUUAUGGAGUUGGUAUAGAUGAUUCGCCUAUGGGAAUGGCAGUUUUGUUUCUGGAAAAAUACAGCACAGGUGCAAGUUUGCAAAAUCGUUUUCGAAAGGAUGGGGGUUUAAAGGAGAAGUACAACUACGAUGACUUACUGGAUAACAUCAUGAUCUACUGGGUCACCAAAACAGGAACCACUUCAAACAGAUUCUACGCAGCAUCAUUCCGUAGCUCUUCAAUUUAUUCAAUAUUGGUUUCACCAGUAAAGGUACCCAGCGCUUGUACAAGAGGAAACUAUGAUAUAAUAUCUCCAGAAGGGAUAGUUGAAGAAACAUUCCCUAACAUUGUACACUCUGUUGACUACGAUGUAGGACAUUUUUUCGGUUUUGAAAAUCCAAAACUAUUGGCUAGUGACAUUUACGAAGCUAUAAAUAAAAUGGAGCUAAACAGUGCAACGAGAAAACAUACAGAUUUAUGAAGUACUUGAACUGUAUGAAAUAUCAAAUGUAGAUAUGUGAUAACCAUUCCUAAUUAUGUAUAUCGACAAAUCUAUAAUAAUAUGAUAAGAUAAUUGAGAACGCAUGAACAACCGAUAACUUCAUCGGGGUUGUUAAUACCAUGACCAUAUCUGUGAAUACACACAAUUGCUCAUCAAAAAUUAGUAUUAAACUGUAUUAAAAUUAAAAAAACAAUCUAGCUAUAGGCAUUUCUGUAGAAAGUAAGUAAAGUUAAUAAAGAGUGCUACUCAGAGCUGUAAA